AUGACUCUUCAAGGUAUACUGACAUCGGUGGAGCUAACCACAAGAUUAGGUCGUAGAGUUUCGAAAAGCAAACGAGAUCGUCGACAUCCUUCGUGUGUAAGAGGCAAAAAAAAAUACGAUAGUGAUUGCAAAAAAAGUGAGCCGGAGUGGACAUUUAUUUUCGUUGGAUAUCAAAAAGGCAAGAUUUUCACCACGAAUCGUAAUACGAAGGUACGCGCGCUAGGCAUAGCGCAGCCGAACAACCACCACCAGACCGGCGGCAGCCUAAGUGGCUCGCCAGGCAACAGCAAGCUGGCCGACAACGGUACCAUCACCCUGCCCAAACCGAUCCUCGGCGGCGGGGGAACCUCGUCAUCCAACAAUGGUGGCAACUUGGCAGCCGGAAGCCUUGGAGGUAAUGGAACGGGCGGUUGCAACGAUUCCAGUGCUCAGGACACGAUAUAUUUGUGCAAUUUCCGCGUCUCAGUCGACGGUGAGUGGCUCUGUUUGAAGGAGCUGCAGGAUCUCGACAUCAAGGAUGGCACUCCCGGCCUCGGUGGUGGAAGUGGCAAUGGCAACAAUGGCGGCGGUGGCAGUAGCGGCUUUGGUGGCAACGGUGACGGUGAUGGCUCGCUCAAUACUUUCGGUAUCAUUGAGAACGUAAAGUGCGAAGAGAAGAUUAUCGAACGCGAUUGGGUUAACUACUACUCCCGUGAUCCAGCCUCGAUCGAACGUAGCAAUUUGGUCAACAUAUGCAAACUGGUAGUUAAGGAACUGCUGGAACAAUCGAUCCGCUUCGGCAGGAUGCUCGAUUCUGAUCAUCUACCUCUGCAACACUUCUUCAUCGUAUUAGAGCACGUUCUUCGACAUGGGCUGCGGCCCAAAAAGGGCCUUUUGGGACCCAAGAAAGAACUCUGGGAUAUACUGCAAAGCGUAGAACGGUACUGCAUUGAGGCACAGGAUAUUACUUCAUCGGUGCGAGAUCUUCCUACGGUUCGAACGCACAUGGGCCGAGCAAGGGCGUGGUUGAGACUGGCCCUCAUGCAGAAGAAGUUGGCUGACUAUUUGCAGGUGAUAAUUGAGCAUAGGGACGAUACUUUGGCAGAAUAUUACGAACCACAUGCCCUGAUGAUGAGCGAUGAGAUCAUCAUCGUCAUCGGAAUUCUGGUGGGGCUCAAUGUAAUCGACUGCAACCUAUGUGUUAAAGAAGAAGAUCUCGAUUCACAACAGGGCGUGAUCGAUUUCUCGCUUUAUUUGAGGUCGAGCUCACGGAAUAGUCCAGAUGAUGAGAAUAACGGAGGAAAUGGAACAGUGAAUGCAAUCGAAGGUACCACAGCCACCGGAGCCAUGACUGCCGUUCUGGAUCAAAAGAACUACAUCGAGGAAUUGAAUCGACAUUUGAACGCAACCGUAACCAAUCUGCAAGCCAAAGUAGAAUCACUCACUACAACGAAUGCACUUAUGAAGGAAGAUUUGGCUAUUGCCAGGAACAGUCUGAUGGCUCUGCAAGCCGAGAACGCCGCCUUAAGACGCGCGUCUCAGCAUGGCCAGCCAUUAGACGAUAAAACGAACGUUCUCGAUCGAUUCGACCCAGAAAUGGCCGAGGCGUUAGCUGAAGAACGAAAGAAGCGCCAGGAAAUAGAAAAAGAGCUGAAUCUUCAAAUUUCCCUGAAAGCUGAAACAGACAUGGCAAUGAAGCUACUGGAGAAAGACAUUCAUGAAAAGCAAGACACUAUUGUAUCGCUCCGACGUCAGCUCGAAGACAUUAAAUCUAUCAAUCUGGACAUGUACCGAAAACUGCAGGAAUGCGAAGCAUCAUUGAAGCACAAAACCGAGCUAAUGUCGCGCAUGGAAACCCAGCGAGAGUCAAUGGCCACGGCCAUAGCGCAGUUGGAGAAAAAACAUAACUCCGAAACGGCCAGCCUGAAUGCCCUGCAGGAAACCUCACAAGCCUUAUCACUUCAAGUUGUUUCCUGUGAACAGCGAGCGACACGCGCCGAAGCGGAUUUACGCAUCGAGCGGGAAUGGCGAACCUCUAUGCAAGAGAACGAGGUCAAACACAAGGAACAGAUCAGUGCUCUGCAGUUGGAAGUCCGACAACUCGGUGAUGAAUUGAAGCAACACGAUCGAACCAAAGCUGAGCUCGUAAAGCUACGCAAACAAUGGGAAGAAGAUCAACGAACCCUCGAAGAGCUAGGUGUUCAAUUAAGCGUCAGUAAGAUGCAUAUUUCUGAUUUAAAGGAAAAGGGUUUGCACCAGAGUAACGAUGGAAAGAACGGUUCGGAGUCCAGUAGUGGAAACGGAGGAGGAUCUUGGACCCCAGAUAAAGGAGUUUCCAACUGUAAAAGUUGCGAUAAGGAGUUCAGUAUAACCCGCCGAAAACAUCAUUGUCGUUAUUGCGGUAGCAUUUUCUGCUCGAAUUGUUCCGAUCACGUGGCUGUGAUUCCAGGUGAGGCGAAUGGAAAACCGCAGCGAGUUUGCGAUUCCUGCUGGCAGAAAUUAGCAAGCAGCACCACUCCGAUUGCCAAGUAGGAUUUAAGAAAUGGAGAGAUUUUAGUAAAUAUAAACCGGCUUCCUCAUAUUGCUCUUUCCGUACAUGAAGUUGCAAACGUCCAUGCGUUCUAUGGUUGAAAAGUUUUUAUAUUACUUGAUAGUGCAACAAAUAAAAGUGUUAAAAAUGCCUUACUGACAAGUAGAACAUAAUAAUAUUUCAAAGAAAUCAUGAAACGAAAUCAGAAUUAAAGAUGUGUAAGAUAAAUGCGAUAUGUGAAUGUUUUAUAUAAAAAAUUUACUGAAUAUAAAAACG